UAAGAGUAUCAUAGAAUGAAUUGAGUCUAUGUUCCUCCAUAGUUAGUCUUCAAAUUCUUCAUGGUAUCAGAGCAGGUUUAAUCCUGUCUCAUCGUCUUCAUCUUUAGUCAGUUUUUUUUUCUACUCAAUUCUAUUCUUCUAGGUUAUGCCUAAAUACGGUCCAGCCUUUGGAAUGGCUACCAACUCAUCAUCCUCUACUUCUGAUAUCAUCAUCUCAUCGUCUUCAUCCUCUCAUCAAAUGGAAACCUCUCAUCUGCCAAUCACAGCCCAUAAACUGAAUGGGCAAAAUUAUUUGCAAUGGUCUCAAUCCAUAUUAAUGUUUAUACGGGGAAAGGAGAAAGAUGACUACAUCACCGGAGCUUCGGCGGCACCAGAAACCACAGCAUCAACCUACAAGAAGUGGAUAGCAGAAAAUAAUAUGGUCAUGUCCUGGCUAGUCAACUCUAUGACCCCUGACAUUGGUAAAAAUUUUCUGUCAUUUGAUACUGCCAAAGAAAUCUGGGACAUUGCAAAAGAAACUUUCUCAGACAAGGAAAACACAUCUGAAAUCAUCCAGAUUGAAGGCAUCCUCCACGAUUUGCGUCAAGGAAACCUUACGGUAACUGAAUAUUUCAAUACUCUUACUCGUCUAUGGCGUCAACUUGAUACGUUUGAGGUUCAUAACUGGAAUUGUGUUACAGAUGGUUUGUUGUAUAAAAAGAUUGUCGAAGGGAAACGUGUGUUUAAAUUUUUGUUAGGUUUGAACAAAAAUCUUGAUGAAAUCAGAGGAAGAAUCAUGGGAGUAAAACCUCUACCUAGCCUCAGAGAGGCAUUCUCUGAAGUGCGUCGUGAAGAAAGUCGGAAAAAUCUCAUGAUGGGAUCCCAUCAACAACUGAAUAUGGCAGAAAGCUCGGCUCUUAAGACUCAAUUCGCUCCUUUUGACAACCGUCAAAAAAUUAAAGGAGGUAGACCUUGGUGUGAUCAUUGCAGAAAGCCGGGACACUCAAGAGAAACUUGCUGGAAGAUUCAUGGAAAGCCAGUAGAUUGGAAGCCACGUCAACCACUUGAGAAAGAAGGACGAGGCAAUCAUGUGGCUACCGAUGAACAAUCGCCACAACCUGAAGCUAGCCCUUUUAAUAAGGAGCAAAUGGAGAUGCUUCAGAAACUACUGUCUCCUCUUUUGUCAGUACAGUCACAAACUGGCUCAUCUUCCAACCAGCUCAUUGGUUCCGGAACCUUGGCUCACAAAGGAUUUGGAUUCGGGGAAGACGAUUGGCAAUGCUGAGGAAUGCUCUGGACUCUACAUCCUUAAGGAGCUCCAUGAUCCACAAGAACAACCUCAAAUGGCAGUUGGUAGUAAUUCUUUUUCGGUUUCAUGUCAAA